AGUCCACAAGUCCACUCUGAGGGGUUAACCUUAUUCUCCCUUUCUCUCGCUCUACCUCAAUUUCUCCCUCCCUCUGAUUGCCUUUUUGGUGCAGCCCCUCACUUUCUCAACAUUUGGACCGGGAGAACUGUUGCCGUGCAUGCGCGUGCAUAUAUCUACUGUAUGUAUGCGUGUGUACGCAAUAGUUUGGGUGUCCCCUCUCACCGCCGUGGAGCUCCCUGGACUGAACUGUACCAGAUUAUGGACCGAUGGGAUCUUCCCGUUGAAUGACCGCACCGCACACUGAUGGAAUCAGCACCCGAAACGAGCAAUCUAAAGAUAUAAAAAGGGGCAGUCCGGCAAAUUUCAUUCAGCACCAGAUUCCUGUGUGUUGUGCGUCACUUUGUUUCCCAUGGAUCUCAGGGUGGGAGAGCGGGGGAUGCGCCCUGGCUCCGACACGGCACUCCUUACGCCAUUGCACCCGCCGUUGCUUCUCAGUCCUUUUCCCCCGCAGUCCCGCACGUCCUUCUCCCAACAGCAGCUUCAACAGCACAUACGGUUUAAUAUGGAGCAGCGGAGACGUGAACAGGAACACCACGAGAAGCAACAAGAAUUGCAGCAGCUCAAAAACAAGGACAAGAGUCAACAAAGUGCAGUGGCCAGUUCACUGGUUAAACAGAAACUCCAGGAAGUCAUCUUGAAGAAGCAGAAGCAAGCGGCACUGGAAAGAACAAAUUCCAACACUUUGACUUCUACGCCAGUGACAUACAGUAAACUGGCUCCGGACCAGAAUGUUUCCUCCCAGCCCCUGGUUUCAUCUCCUUCUCUGCCUUCCCCAGAGGGUUCAGAAGGGACACGUCUACGCAGGGCAGCAUCUGAGCCCAAUUUAAAAGUGAAACACAAGCUGAAGAAACAUCUCAACACCCGCCAGAGCCCGCUCACCCGCAAAGAGAGCGCGCCACCCACCAUCAGACACAGAGUACCUGAUACACUGGCAGACUCAUCUCCCAGCAGCAGCAGCACUCCAGUCUCUGGCUGUAGUUCCCCCAAUGACAGUCUUCCCAGUGAAAAUGGGAUAGUGCCAUCUGCAGGUGGCCUCUCGCAUGAGGCACAGAAGCUGCUGCUCAGAGAUGGCACUCUGGCAAACUUUACUAUCCAGAGUCCUUCCACUCUGCCCACCAUUACGCUGGGACUACCAGCCAAUGCCAGGGUUGAAGGUGAUUUGUCCUCCCUGAAGUUUGGUCGAGGGCCCUUGGUCACAGCCGGGGCCCCGCAGGUCUUAUUGCCGCUGAGUAGAGAGGAUCAAGCGGGGCAGCUGAGCUCACAACUUCCUGUUAUCAUCCUGGAGCCGUCUGGACUAAUACACGCUCCCCUGGUCACUGUUCCAGGACUCGACUCAGUCCCGCUGCAGUUUUCCUCCCACUUGGAUCAACUGUCUCCGGGGGGCGCACAGGCCCACAAGCCCCUUAGUAGAACACGUUCAGAACCCCUCCCGCAGAGCCCCAGGAUGCUUCACUCACAACUCCUUCAACAGCACCACAACACACAACUACUAGAGCGAUUAAAACAGCAGACUCACCUCGGCAAGCUCAUGUCCAAGUCCAGUGAGAAGCCCAGACUUCAUCAGAUCCCUUCAGAGGACAUGGACUCAGAGGACGGCGGGGGAACAUCGCCAUCAGAGCCAGCCUACCAGAGCAGACUGAGGCCAGAUUCUCUGAGGGAGGCUGAGCCAGCAACAUCCAGUAGUCAAGAACAGAUCAACCUACAGCAUGCACUCAUACUCAACCAGUCCUUACUGUGGGAACAGCAGAAGCAGCUGCAGCAGUUGCAUCGACAGAUGGAGACCCUGGCGGUCCCGAUGUUACGUAGCGGUGGAGGCGGCGCGAUCUGCGGCGCGUUGGGUGUGCAUCGGCCCCUCUCUCGUACGCAGUCCUCCCCGGCCUCCACGUCUCUCGCUUUGUCCGAAAAACCUCUGAGCCUGAGCGGGCAGGAGACCAGCAGCAAAUCACGCUUCACCACUGGCCUGGUGUAUGAUUCUCAGAUGCUGAAGCACCAGUGUACCUGUGGAGACAACAGCAGUCACCCAGAGCAUGCUGGGAGAAUACAGAGCAUCUGGUCCCGACUGCAGGAGAGGGGCCUGAGGGGGCAGUGUGAGAGCAUUCGUGGUCGUAAGGCAACUUUGGAAGAGCUGCAGUCCGUCCAUACAGAGCGCCAUGUUUUGCUCUACGGCACCAACCCGCUCAACAGGCUCAAACUGGACAACCGCAAACUGGCAGGAAUUCUCUCUCAAAGGAUGUUUGUCAUGUUACCAUGUGGAGGUGUCGGGGUUGACAACGACACCAUCUGGAAUGAGUCGCACACGUCCACGGCGUCACGCAUGGCCGCCGGCAGUGUUGUCGAGCUGGCUGUUAGAGUGGCCAAGGGUGAGCUCAAGAAUGGAUUUGCCGUGGUCAGACCACCGGGUCACCAUGCAGACCCCUCCAACCCAAUGGGUUUCUGCUACUUUAAUUCAGUGGCGAUUGCUGCCAAACAACUUCAACAGAAGCUCAGUCUCAGCAAAAUCCUCAUUGUUGAUUGGGAUGUUCACCACGGUAACGGGACCCAAGAAAUUUUCUACAGUGACCCAAGCGUCCUCUACAUGUCGCUUCAUCGCUAUGAUCAUGGCAACUUCUUUCCUGGCAGCGGAUCACCCACUGAGGUUGGCUUAGGUGCUGGGGAGGGCUUCAAUGUGAAUGUGGCAUGGACAGGAGGACUGGACCCUCCCAUGGGAGAUGCAGAGUACCUUGCAGCAUUCAGGACCGUGUUGAUGCCCAUCGCCCAAGAGUUUGCCCCAGACGUCGUUCUCGUCUCCGCCGGGUUUGAUGCUGCCGAGGGCAACCCUGCACCUCUUGGGGGGUACAAGGUGUCUGCCAAAUGUUUCAGCUUCCUGACUCGCCAGCUGAUGUCUCUAGCAGGGGGCCGUCUGGUUUUGUCCCUCGAGGGAGGUCAUGACCUCACAGCCAUCUGCGAUGCAUCUGAAGCCUGUGUCAGUGCCCUUCUUGGUGCACAGGACCAACUAUCCGAAGAGGUCCUGCUCCAGAAACCAAAUGCUAACGCCAUCUGCUCCCUGCAGACGGUCAUACAAAUUCAAAGUCAGUACUGGCAGAGUGUGAAGGCAUCCAGUAGCUCUUUGGGUCUGUCUUACCUGGAUGCUCAGAGACGAGACUGCGAGGAAUCGGACGCUGUCAAUGCUCUGGCCUCUCUUUCUGUGGGAGUUCUUUCCAACAAGAGCCUUCCAGAUGAGCCAAUGGAACAUGACACCGACUCCAUGUGACCAAAUCUUCUCACUCAACUCACCUUCAGGAACUAGGCUGGCCCCACUUGUGUAGCACUGGAUCUCCAGCACCGCUCAUAAGCAUGACAGUGGGCGGCGGGGGGGCAAACGACCAUCCAUCCAUCCAUUCAUCCGUCUUGCCUUAUGGCCACGCAGACACACAAACGUGGUAAAAGCACCUCAAUGCUGAGAACCCACUCAGCGGUAACCUCGUGAAACCUCACCAAAGAGCAAUACAAGACGUUUUUUUAUGAACUUGACUGACAAUGAAUUGUGCCUUUUUGUAUAGCACAACAGCUCUGUGAACACACACGCACCCAUACGCAGCAUUCACGUUUCUCCUUCAAAGCACUAUGUCGCAGACGCGAUGUGCCUCAAGUUUGCCUUAACCUUCAGACCGAGGGCUGCAUCCAUCGGAGGACUUUGCAUUCCUACCCCUUCGUGCCACUUCAACACCCCCGAAAUCCUUUUUUUGUGAAGCGCACGGCAAAAACAUUGAAUGACUGACAUCCGGGGCCAUUGCGUGUACACGCGCGAAAGAACGACUACGGAAGAGAAAAAAAAAAAACAAUUGGGAAAUGUUGAGUUUUAAUCAUGUCGUGACAGCAGGUUAACCACUAUGAGAUCAUGAUUUUGUUGAAAAAAAAAGGGCAAAAGUCCUUGUCGCUUGAUUGCACUGUUCAUUCCUUAAUGUGAAGUGUAAGAAAUUUCACCGCCUGGGUAAAAACAAUGCGCCGACUCUCGAAAAAGAUGUUUUGAAAUGCUACGUGCAUUUGUCUUUCACUCGCAAUGUCUUAUGACCUCCUAAUAUCGCCCAUGGACCCAAAUACUGUUGAACUCAAAAUCCCAUGAAGUCAAGCGAUAUUUGCUUUGAUUCAAUGUAGCACUAUUUUUUUUUAAGAGCGUUUCUCAUUCCACUCCGCCACCAGAAGCGGACCAUUUGAAUCAGUCGCAAUAAUGUUGGACUUGAAUAUGUCACCCAAGUAGAACUGCCUGAACGCUUUUGGAAAGAAGGGUGUCAUAGGAACGGCAAUAGGGACCAGAAUGUAUACGAGCGAUGGGCAUUUUUUUUUUUUUUUUUUUUGGACUACAUUUCCCAUGGUGAGAAUUAAGUAUUUAUUAAAUGUUAUUUUAAUUGGCUAACAACCCUCUGUUCAUUUCUAUUGCCAUUGUCGUUUUGGGCAGAUGAACGCUCACCCGAGGGAGUUCCUGUAGCUCACCGGUGCCUCUGCCGAUUGCAAUUUUUACACUCAAUUUUCACCUCAUCUAUGUUAAGAUCUGGCAAUUUCACAAUGACAGAAUUGUGAACAACCUCUUCGUUAAUUUUGCCCCGUCCACUUUUUCCUUUCGAAGCCUGUGGAUAUGGUGAGGGAGACGUACCUUGUAGACUGAUGUCCACAUUUAUAUUUAAAUCUUGAUUUAAGAAAGUAACACAAUAGAUAGUCCUUUCAAGUAUUCUUAUUCGUUUUGUCCGAUGUAGCUCAGUUCAGGCUCAGAACAGAAGGUAGUCGUGUUGUGUACAAAAAAAAAAGCAAUGCACUGUAUAAAUCGGACGUUUUUUUUUUUUUAAAUGCAUGUUUUGAAAAUCUCUAACCUCUUAACGAGCGUAACCACUCCAGCCAUCAUUAUUAUGGCAAAGUGUUGUCUUUUGUGGAGAGAUUGGCAUCUUUGCAAAAUAUAGUGUGGAGAGAAAGUACAUUAGAAAAACCCCUGGUAGUAUUUUUUUUUUUUUUUUCCUUCAUGGAAUAUAUCAAUCACUUCCAAACUUGACAAACAUCUGUACGUUGCUAAUGUACAUAUUGUUUUUUCUUCAUUUAUUUACAUAUUUAUUCAAUGCCGAGAUAUCGGAUCAGGACUCUGGAGCGGCAGAUCCUCAAAAUCAGGUGACUCAGACUCUGGUGCAAA